AUGCUAGGUCACGUGGAGAAUUUCCACAACGCCUUUGAGGGGUCGAAUUUUUCUCCCGGUUAUUUGGCAUUGGCCUUCUAUCAGGGCUUCUGGGCAUAUUCAGGGUGGAACUACCUGAAUUUCUUGGUCGAAGAAAUGAAAAAUCCUGGCAGAAAUUUGCCAUUGGCAAUCGGGAUUGCCCUCACCUUGGUAACUGGUUUGUACAUGCUGACGAACAUAGCCUACCUGGCAGUACUCAGCCCCUUUGAAAUGCUGGCCACAGGUUCCGGAUCCUCCGCUGUGGCAGUGGUGUUCGCGAAGCGGGCAAUGCCCUGGAUCUCCGUGCUCAUGCCCGUCUUUGUCGGUGCCUCGGUGUUUGGAAGCAUCAACGGC